AUGCGUGGUUUGAAGCUCAGUGAACGUUUCAAGAGCAUCCAAGUUCAUGCUCUCAGUUCUUCAUCAGAAACCAAUGAUAGCAGUAGCAACAAAGCCUCAGUGGCUGCAAACAAAGCUCAUGACCUUAACAGAAACCGAACCAUAUCAUCUUGGUCAAAGCCCAAAUCCAGCACCAAAAACUCAACCUUAACAUUUGCAAACCUUUUCCCCAUUCAGCUACCUUCCACUGACACCAUUGAACCAUCCAUAGAAACUAAUCUUAAGCCCAUCAAUCUCCAAGAGACCUUAGCAGAACUCUAUCAACGCAUAGAGUGCUGCUCACAGUCCAAGAAAGCAUCACUGUAUGUGGAACAGUACUCUCUCUUGCGCAGCCUCGGUGACCAGAAGCUACUUAGAAGAUGUCUCAGGAUAGCGCGCCAGAACGCUGAAGAUGUGCUCUCUAAGGUUGUGCUCUCUGCAUGGUUGCGGUUUGAGAGGAGGGAUGAUGAGCUUGUUGGUGUGUCUUCAAUGGAUUGUGGUGGUUACGUUCUUGAGUGUCCAAAGAAGAAUUUGGAACAUGGCUUCAGUCCCUGUUUGAUUAAUGAUCGCUGCCAGUGUCAGCAAGAGCCAAAUGAGGAAACUUGUACUGAGAAUGUGUGUUUAUCAGAUGAGGAAAGUGAUGUUUUGUUUUGUGUUGGGAAUGAAGAAAUUAGUUGUGUUAGGUGCAGGAUUGCUGCACUUUCAGACCCAUUUAAUGUUAUGCUCUUUGGUGGCUUUGCUGAGUCCAAAAUGAGGAAGAUUGAUUUCUCAGGAAAUGGGAUAUGCCCAAAGGGGAUGAGGGCAGUGGAAUUUUACAGCAGGACCAAAAGAUUGGAUCUUUUUAGUCCCGUGACUGUUUUGGAGCUUCUGUCCUUUGCCAACAGGUUUUGUUGUGAGGAGAUGAAGUCUGCUUGUGAUGCAUAUUUGUCUUCAAUUGUUGUAAAUGUUGAGGAUGCAUUGAUACUUAUUGAGUAUGGAUUGGAAGAGAGAGCCACCCUUCUUGUAGGGUCUUGCUUACAAUUGUUGCUUAGGGAGCUUCCUAAUUCUUUGUAUAAUUCAAAGGUGGCAAAAAUCUUCUGUAGUUCUGAGGCAAAGGAAAGGUUGGCCAUGGUGGGGUAUUCUUCUUUCUUAUUGUACUAUUUCCUGACUCAGGUGGCUAUGGAGGAAAGCAUGUUAUCUAUAACGACAAUGAUGUUACUGGAGAGACUAGGGGAGUGUGCUGCAGAAAGAUGGGAGAAAGCCCUUGCAUUCCAUCAAUUGGGGUGUGUGCUGCUUGAAAGGAAAGAAUAUAAAGAAGCUCAGCACUGUUUUGAGGCAGCAGUUAAGGUAGGUCAUGUGUAUUCUAUGGCUGGUGUGGCUAGAACCAAGUACAAGCAGGGUCAACCAUAUUCAGCCUAUAAGUUAAUUAGCUCUCUCAUAUUUGAGUAUAAACCAGCUGGAUGGAUGUAUCAGGAGCGUGCACUGUACAAUAUGGGAAGGGAGAAGUGUUUUGAUUUAGAUGUUGCAACUGAAUUGGAUCCCUCCCUUUCAUUUCCAUAUAAAUAUAGAGCCCUGGCAAAGGUGGAGGACAAGCAGAUAAUGGAAGGAAUUAAGGAGUUAGAUAAGUUUAUUGCAUUUAAGCUUUCUCCUGAUUGCCUAGAAUUGCGGGCUUGGUUGCAUAUUGCACUUAAGGAUUAUGAGAGUGCCAUUAGAGAUAUUCGGGCAUUGUUAACCAUAGAACCAAAAUACAUAACUUUACAUGGUAAGAUCAAAGGGGAACACUUGGUCCAACUUCUAAGCCAUGGAGUUCAGCAGAAGAGUCAGGCUGAAUGCUGGAUGCAAUUAUACCAACAAUGGUCUUCUGUAGAUGAUGUUGGUUCUUUGGCUAUUUUACAUCAGAUGCUAGAGAAUGAGCCUGGAAAGAGCCUGCUAGAGUUUCGUCAGUCUCUACUCCUCUUGAGGUUAAAUUGUCAAAAGGCUGCAAUGCAUAGUUUGAGGAUGGCCAGAAACCAUUGUAGCACAAUGCAAGAAAGGCUAAUUUAUGAAGGAUGGAUUCUAUAUGAUACUGGCUAUCAUGAAGAAGCAUUGGAAAGGGCUGACAGAUCCAUUACAAUUCAGAGGUCAUUUGAAGCCUUUUUUCUUAAAGCAUAUAUGUUGGCAGAUAAAAGUAUGGAUCCUGAAUCUUCUUCUUACGUUAUCCAACUUCUGAAAGAAGCACUUAAAUGUCCUUCAGAUGGUCUUCGCAAGGGACAAGCAUUGAAUAACUUGGGAAGUGUGUAUGUGGAUUGUGGUAAGCUAGAACUUGCAAAAGAAUGCUACAAGAAUGCCCUUGCAAUUAAGCACACAAGAGCUCAUCAAGGUCUGGCACGCGUUUAUCAUCAGAAAAAUCAAAGAAAAUCUGCAUAUGAUGAGAUGACCAAGCUAAUUGAGAAGGCAGAGAGCAAUGCUUCAGCAUAUGAGAAACGAUCAGAAUACUGUGACCGCGAGAUGGCAAAGGUUGAUCUUGAUGUUGCAACACAACUUGAUCCUUUGAGGACAUACCCAUAUAGAUAUAGGGCUGCAGUGCUGAUGGAUGAACAAAAAGAAACUGAAGCUGUAGAAGAACUCACCAAGGCCCUAAUAUUCAAGCCAGACCUGCAAAUGCUUCAUCUGCGAGCAGCAUUUUAUGAGUCAAUGGGAGACCUAUCAUCUGCUCUUCAAGAUUGCCAGGCAGCUCUUUGUUUAGAUCCAAACCAUGCAGGCACACUUGAUAUGUAUCAAAGGAUACAAAAACUGAAGUUUUAAUCUUAAACUAUAUGUGCAUCAGAAAGAUAAAACUGUGGAGAUAUUGGUUAGAGAAUUGCUGGGACAUUUCCAAAUGACUCAAUUUUCCCCUCUGAAAUCUCACAACAACCAUCUAAGAAGGAAGAUAGAGUGGGAAUGGAGAACAUGGAUUGUGGAAGCAAAGCCCAAGAAGCAAUACUUUGGAUGAAUCAAGAAAAAGAUGGAUAAAAGAGAUUGAGUUAUGUUUUUACAUUAUCAAAUAGGGUGGAUGAUUCAGGUGUAAAUCCGAAGAGUUUUAGAGUAGUAACUCCAAUGAUAUGAUAUGGAUUCUUGACUCUUGUGAGCCAUAUUUACAUAAUUUGUCUCACACUAUUUGCACAUC